GGAAGGUGUCAUCAGUCAGUGACAUCUCUUGUUCAUUCCAGAUGUGGCGGAUAGGCACAAUGAGAGCUCAGAGGCAACUCAUCUCCCUCCUGCUCCUUCUGGCUGCCCUCUGUUCCACAGGUGUUAGCCUCAGAUGCUACAGCUGUAUAGACCCAGUUUCUUCAUGCAAAGCAAAUACCACUUGUUCACUUAACCUGGACUCCUGUCUCAUCGCUGUGUCCGGAAGGAAAGCCUAUCAUCAGUGUUGGAAAUUUUCGGAUUGUAAUACCAUGUCCAUUAUGACCCGAUUAGAACUGGAAAAUGUACAAUACAGAUGUUGCCAGGUGGACAUGUGUAACAAAAAGCUUGAAGAAGAAAAAGAGAAACCAAAAGAUGAGGCAACUUCUUUAUCCGGGAAGACGGCGUUGCUGGGGACCUGGGUUCUGGUGGCCAUGUGCAAGCUUUGGUUGUAAG